AUGCGAUUCGCUCUGUUUGCCAACGGUUAUCGCGAUUUGGGCUGCCAUCUCUUGAUCUAUCCAUCCCUGUGUGAUGUUGAAACCGGACGGAGCCAGUGGCAGCUUCUGGCCAGAGCACGUGCCCUAGAUAACCAGCUCUUUGUGGCGUUCUGCGCACCUGCUAGAGAUUUGAAGGCUCGGUUAGUUUCCUAUGGACACUCGACGAUUGCGGAUCCAAACGGUUGCAUUAUGGGCGAACUGGACGAACAAGAAGGCAUACUUGUGAGGGAUCUGGACGUAGCGCAGCUUCAUCUCGCCCGAAAGAGCACUCCGAUAUACAACCAACGGAGGAAUAAUUUGUAUAGAUUGACUUUACCCAAUUCCAACUUUUAG